UCAAGAAAUUCGUAUAAAAUAUUCAUGGAACACCUCCCUUGAAUCACCCCCAUGGAUUAUGCCCAUCUCUCUCUAGAUCCCAACCCAUAUUUUUGUUUAUUGUCAUUCCACCUCUCUCACUCUCUUUCUUCUUUGUAAAUCAGCAAACGAAAUGACCGCCAAUUGGGAGCUCAAGAAUUGCUGUAACCAUGAUCAAUUGGUGUUUCUCAUCACUCUCGCUUUCUGCGUUAUCGUCAUUCUUGCGCUGUGGAGGACAGUAGUGCUUUUACCGUUCAAGCUUGUUACUGUAUUUCUUCAUGAAGCCAGUCAUGCCGUUGCUUGCAAACUUACAUGUGGCCAUGUGGAAGGAAUGCAGAUUCAUGCCGAUGAAGGUGGAAUGACUCAGACACGUGGUGGUGUAUAUUGGUUUAUCUUACCAGCUGGAUAUCUAGGAUCAUCAUUUUGGGGAAUGGUUUUGAUACUGGCAUCGACAAAUCUUCUUGCAGCAAGAAUUGCUGCUGGAUGUUUAGCAGCUGCCUUGAUUAUUGUACUUUUUGUUGCUAAAAAUUGGACACUUCGCGGGCUUUGCGCAGGAUUUAUUAUCGUCCUUGCUGUAGUUUGGGUUUUGCAAGAAACAACAAAAGUCCGAAUUCUUCGUUACAUCAUAAUGUUCAUUGGUGUGAUGAACAGUGUGUUUUCUAUAUAUGACAUAUACGGUGACUUAAUUUCUCGACAGGUUCACACUAGUGAUGCUGAGAAGUUUGCAGAAGUUUGUCCCUGUCCUUGUAACGGUGUUGGGUGGGGUGUCAUUUGGGGACUUGUGUCUCUCAUUUUCCUCGGUGUAGCUACAUACUUUGGUCUUGUGAUCCUGUCUCAAGGUUAACGAUGCAGCCAUUUAGAAGCUCAAGAAGUUCUACUUCUGCAGGUCAAAAAUUAUUGCACAGAUGAUUUAAUUGAAGCUGAGAACAACAUAUGCAGCACAUUUUUUGGUAAAUCUUGAAGCUUUAGAUCCUAAAACACUCAAAAUCUUGUACUUUUAGCUUCCAAAUGCUUAUAGCAGUUCAGAGGUAAUACAGAUCCUAAUGACUGAUUGGAUUUUAUUGGAAAUUGUGUAGUUAGUUUUUGUCAAAUAAAAGAGGAAACUCUGGUUUU